AUGACCAAGCCAACAACAUCCAAGAAAUUAAACAACAAAAAAACUGCGGGCAAGAAGAAAUUUGCCUCGAAUGCCCUGAUCUGUAAGUCUACUGGCUCUCUGACUAAAGAUAAGAAUAAAAAGAGACAGCUCCAGAGCAAGAACUCUAAGUUGAUUGCCAACCUCGAUAACGAUUUGACAUCCAUCGUCAGGGAAACUCUAGAGGGACAAAAGCAGGAUAGUGGGAAAGCAUCGUCGCUUAAGGAUCUUCAACAAUUGAAAGAAAAGGAUACUGAAACCAUAAGAAUUGCAGAAGAGCAGGAAAAGCAAGUGAAUAGUGACUUGCUACAACAGUUGCAGAGCAUUGAUAACAUCAAAUUGUGA